UCACUGUGAUCCCACCACCUACCUACCUACCUCCUGCUGCCACCUUCCUCCGCUCCGCUCCGCUCCGAUCCGAUCCCCAUGGAAGCCACCGCCGCCUGCUCGGCCUCCCUCGCCUCCUCGCCGCUCCCCCACCGCCGCAGCCGCGUGCGCGUGGUCGUCGCGGCGGCCCGACGGAAGGGGCCGUCGGGCGCGGUGGCCGCGGCGGCCUCCACGGGCAACUACGUGGUGCCGCUGGACGCCGCGCCGUCGGGGAUCACGCGGCCGCUCGUCGAGAUCCUGCGCGACCUCAACAAGCGCGUCCCGGAGACCAUCGUCCUCCCCGCCUCCCGCCGCGCCUCCGCCUCCGACCCCGUCAUCCCAUGGUACCAUGCCAACCGGAUGCUCAGCUUCUACGCCCCCGGCUGGUGUGGAGAGGUCCGUGAUGUUAUUUACAAUGACAAUGGAAAGGUGACCGUGGUGUAUCGUGUCACAAUACGAGGAAUAGAUGGAGAGGUUCAUCGGGAGGCUGCUGGAACAGCAUCACUGAGCGACGCACGGCUCGACGACCCCGUGGCGGCCGCGGAAGAGGCGGCGUUCUGCAAGGCCUGCGCGAGGUUCGGCUUCGGGCUGUACCUGUACCACGAAGACGAGGUGCUGUGAAGGACGUCAUCAUAUCUUGUCUCACCCUAUCCAUGUUCAGAAGGUCAGACGCCAAGCUUGGCAGAGCUUGUAUGUAGCGCUGCAAGAUAUCACCCCACAUGUACCAUUCACGAUGAGCUGUAAAUAUGAGGCGUAUCUUGUUUACAUUUGUGUUUGUUGGCACAUCAGUUGUUGUAAUCUCUGUGUGAUAAGAGUGUCACUCGUUUCCUAAAGUGAUAAUUUCAGUUGCAUUUGGUACAAAUACAGCAUGACCCAGUUCAGUUGUUAGGAUUGAAACCAUUACUUCCAUCAGAACAUUUGAACAACUUAUGUAAUGGAAACUCCUGAUCUUUGUGCUUGCUUA